AUGGCCCUGCUUCCCCCCCUCUGGGCCGGUGGGGGUCAUCCCGGCCUACCCUGGGGCCCUACCCUGAUCGGAGACCUCACUUAUCACCUAAGAUGGCGGCUGAGCCUGACCGGCACGCUGUGGAGCGGCCCCCCCCUCAGGGCUCUUGGCACUCACUACGGGCAACUCAGGGAGACAUCGUAUGAGCAACUUACCUAUCCUGAGACCCGGCCUGGGGUGCUACCAAUCGACACUGAGGACCUAGUGCUGAAACCAUCUAACUGGCAAAGCGGCUCCAACAGUAAUCAGGCUGCAAGCUGGUGUGAUCCCACGAUGCCAAACUACACGCACGAUAGCCGUGGAUCACUACGAAGACCCUGCACAUACCCAGCUCCCAAACGGCUGAUAAUACCUGACAAGCCACACCACAGCAUCAGGGAAUUAUUCACAGAUGGAGCCGAGAAACAAAGAAUUGUAACCUGCCAGCUCCCUGCAUGA